CGAUCGAAAUGGCGUUGGAGACUUGUUUUCAAGUUAGCACCAUGAGUAGAUCAGCAGCUUCAUGUUGUGUUCAUCUAAAAAAGAAAAAUGCUCAUCAUCAUCACCACUACUCAUUUGUCUCCAACAACAAGGAGAAGUUCAAUUUGCCAACAUGUAAGGGAUUGAAGAACCUCUCUGCAACAAUCUCUGGUUUAUCAUCAUCACCCUCUUCUACUUCUUGGCCUUCCUCCUCUUUUUUAUCUCCUUCUGUGGUGGAUCACAGAUGCCUCAGAUCCCGCAUUGUCUGCAAAGCCCGAGAAGCCGUCGAUGAAGUUGUGGUGGUGACAGAAACAAGCUGGGAAAAUGAAGUGAUUGCAAGUGAGAGGCCAGCUUUGGUGGAGUUCUGGGCACCUUGGUGUGGACCUUGUCGGAUGAUUGCACCAGUGAUUGAGGACUUGGCCAAAACAUAUGCCGGAAAGAUUGUUUGUUACAAGGUCAACACUGAUGAUUGUCCCAACAUUGCCACUAAGUAUGGUAUCCGGAGCAUCCCAACCGUCUUAUUCUUCAAGAAUGGUGAGAAGAAAGAGAGUGUUAUUGGUGCUGUGCCACUCUCUACCUUAACUGCUGCUAUAGAGAAAUAUUUGGAUUCAUGAGAACAUGAACAUGGAU